AUGACUGGAGUAGCCAAUGUUCAAAAAAUAAAUAAGUUGAAUGGAAAAGGUGUAAAGAUUGCAAUUAUUGACAAUGGAGUUGACUAUACACAUCCUGCACUUGGUGGUUGUUUUGGACCUGGAUGUAAAAUUUCUUUUGGAUUUGAUCUGGUGGGAUCAGGCGACGUUUUUGAUCCAUUACCUGAUAAUGAUCCAUUAGAAACAUGUAAUGGUCACGGUACUCAUAUUACAGGGAUUAUUGCUGCUGAGGAUAAUGUUUAUAAUUUUACUGGGAUUGCUCCUAAAGCAACAAUCGGAAUGUACAGAAUAAAUGCCUGCAAUGAUGCAACCACUGAUGAUUUAAUACUUAAAGCUUUGGAAUUGGCUGAAGAAGAUAAUGUAGAUGUUAUUAAUCUUUCUAUAGGAACACCUUUUGCUUCAUGGUCCGAAACUCCUAUCAGCAUAGCUUGUACACAGUUAGCAAAUAAAGGUAUAAAAAUUAUUGUAGCGGCUCCUAAUAACGGUGCUACAGGAUUAUUUACUAUGGGAUCUCCCGAUUCUGCAAUCAAUGUAAUAACUGUUGGUUCAGUUGAAAAUACUAAGUUUCUUUCGUACUAUUUACUUACAAGUUGUUGUCCCGAUAGAAAAAUUGCUUAUACAACUACUCAAAUAACACUUAGAUAUGAUGUACCUGUCAAUGCACCACUUAGAUUAGUUCUUUCAAAUAAUAGUCCUAAUCCGGAAAAUGAUGCUUGUUCUCCGCUUCAAGGGGAUUUUAGUGGUUCAUAUGUUUUAAUUCGACGAGGUGGAUGUCUUUUUAGCCAAAAAAAUUUAAAUGCUGAAGCUGCUGGUGCAUUAGGUGUAAUAUUUUAUAAUAAUGAAACAACUCAAACCUUUGCUUUAGAUGUAUCUGGAACAAAUAUACCAAGUGCUUUUAUUUCAAGAGAUGAUGGAAUAUUCUUAGUCGGUCUGAUUUUAGAUCCUAAUAAUAAUGGUAGAUCAAUUACCAUAAGUUUCCCUAAUGAUACAAUUGCGGUGGAAAAUUUAGUUCGUGGAUUACCUUCCGUUACUUCUUCUUGGGGUCCAACUUUUGAAAUGGAUUUAAAACCUGAUAUUUUGGCUCCUGGUGGUCGUAUUUUUAGUACAUAUCUUACCUCCUUGGGAUCUUAUGCAACUUUAUCUGGUACUUCAAUGGCAGCUGCUUAUGCAUCAGGAGUAACUGCACUUUAUCUUCAAGAUCUUAAAAAUAAAGGAAUAUCAGCAUUAUCAACAAAUCCCGAACAAAUUCGUGAUAUUUUCACAUAUACCUCAACUCCAAUUGAAAUGGAAGAUUUUGAUAUGCCUUACUCAACUGCCAAACAAGGAGGUGGAGUAAUAAAUAUAAAAAAUGCUAUUAAAACGACAACUUUAAUUUCACCUGGAAAAUUUGCACUUAAUGAUACCGUACACGCUAAUAAUACUCAAUCUUUUACUAUUACCAACGUUGGAAAACAGAUCGUUACAUAUAAAAUGUCACAUAUUCCAGCAGUAUCAGUUAGAGGAUUUGCCGAUAAUGUUUUAGUUUCUCAAGCCAAUUUAGUAUAUGAUCCUUUUAGUUCAAAAGUAGAAUUUUCCAAGAAAGAAAUUAAAUUAAGACCAAGACAAUCAGAAAAAAUUACUAUAAAAAUAACCCCUCCCAGUCAAUUAAAGAACAAAGAUUUAGGACUAUUUUCUGGUUACAUAGGAGUCGAAGACACUACAACUAAAUUUUUAUAUACCUUACCUUAUCUUGGAUUAAAAGGCGAUAUUCGUGAUAUUCCAGUUUUAAGUCCUAAACCCGGUCAACCUUUUGUAGCAACUUUUAAUGGUGAUCAUCCUCAAACUAGUCAAGAUGAAAGUGCAGUUUUUACAUUUGCCAAUUUAUUUGAAGAUAAUAGUGAUUCACCUUCUUUAUAUUAUACAUUGGGAUUUGGUUCAAGAAGAGUGCGAGUAACAUUAAUAAAUUUACAAGGUGAAGUAGUUGCAGUUAUUUAUGAGGCUACAUUUUUAGGAAGAAAUGGUGACGGUGUUGUUGGUUACGAACAACAUAUUUUUGAUUGGUUUGGUUUCAUAGGUGAGAACUUCGACUUUGUACCAAAUGGAAGUUAUAGAUUUGAACUUAGAAUUUUAAAAACUUAUGGUAAUUUUAAUAAUGACCGCGAUGUUAUAACUUGGAUAUCGCCUAUAAUAAUUGUUGCUGCGUAA